AUGUCUGCAACUGAACAGCUUAAAGAGUAAGUAAAGAGGUCUCGUUUAAUUCAUUAAACGUUACAUUUUCAAUGAACAACGACAAUGUACUCCACGAAUCGAUCGAUCUUUCUUCUGAAAAAAAAAGAGCCGUGAAUCGUUCCUUACUUUGCGCUGACUGUGUUUUCGAUGACUUUUUACGGUGAAAGAUCGUACCACGGCUUCGCUUUGUACGAUUACAAGGUGAGUUCCAUGCAGAAUUAAAUACGUAUGUUCCGUAGGCGUGCGAAAAUGCAGACUGCUAAAGUACUUUACGUUAGAAAACAGUAUAAGGAGGCAUUGAAAGAGUACAGCGAACUUAUUGGUAAGAUAUAUUUAUUCAUUUAAUAAGAAGAGUCUUUUGUGAUUUUUUUUUUUUAUGAUCUCAUGGAUCAGUAAAACGGAUGUAUUUCUAGAGUUAUAUCCAAAUACGCCGCUACACUAUGCGAAUAGAGCCGCGUGUUACAUGAUGCUUGAUAAAUAUUCCCCCGCGUUGGAGGACGCAAAAAAAUGCAUCGAGUUGGAUGCUAAAGUAUGCAAAGCAUAUGUAAGAAUUGUAAAAUGUUGCCUGAUUUUGGGGGACAUGGUACAAGCCGAGACUACUCUGUCCAAGCUGUUAGAAGUUGAUCCUGAAAAUAAAGGCAUUAUCACAGAGAAAAAAGACUUAGAAUACGUGAAAAGAUUUCUAAAGGAUGCAGAUGCUGCUUAUAAUGCUAAAGAUUAUCGUAAGGUUGUAUAUUGUAUGGAUCGUUGUUGCGAUGUGAGUACUCGGUGUACAAGGUUUAAAUUAACUAAAGCAGAAUGUUUGGUAUUCUUGGGGAGAUACCAGGAAGCGCAGGAAAUAGCAAAUGAUAUUUUACAUAUUGAUAAACAAAAUGCGGAUGCUAUAUACGUUCGUGCCAUGUGUCUGUAUUUCCAAGAUAAUAUCGACAGAGCAUUUGCACACUUCCAGCAAGUACUUAGAUUGGCUCCGGAUCAUGCCAAAGCGUUAGAAAUAUAUAAACGAGCUAAGAAUUUGAAAAAGAAAAAGGAAGAGGGAAACGCUGCUUAUGAAAGGGAGCAAUAUGAGAAAGCAUAUAAAUUAUAUACAGAAGCUUUAACUAUAGAUCCUCAAAAUAUACUAACAAAUGCCAAACUCCACUUUAAUAAAGCAACGGUUGCAGCAAAGUUAAAUCGAUUAAACGAGUCAGUGUCAGAAUGUACAGAAGCAUUGAAACUAGAUGAAAAUUACCUUAAAGCACUCUUGAGAAGAGCAGCUGCUUAUAUGGAGCUUAAAGAAUAUGAGAAAGCAGUUCACGAUCUCGAAAAGGCUUAUAAAAUGGAUAAAAGCUCAGAUAAUAAACGAUUAUUAAUGGAAGCUAAACUAGUGUUAAAAAAGUCAAAGAGGAAAGAUUACUAUAAGAUUUUAGGUAUUGAUAAGAACGCGUCUACUGAUGAUAUCAAAAAAGCAUAUAGGAAACGAGCGAUGGUGCAUCAUCCUGAUCGACAUCCUAAUGCAACGGAGGGUGAAAAGAAAGAACAAGAAAAGAAAUUCAAAGAAGUUGGGGAAGCCUAUGGAAUUUUAUCUGACCCUAAGAAACGAUCGCGUUACGACAAUGGUCACGACAUUGAUGAUAUUGACAGUGGAUUCCAAGGUUGGUAUAAUUUACCAUGAAUUUACGUUGAUAUGUCUCUAUCAUUCAGUAUAUAAUCAAAAUUUUUUUCUAUACAGAUAUUGAUCCAAAUAUAGUGUUUCAAACGGUCUUUCAAUCUGAUGGUUAUCAAUUCCAUACAGACGGUUUUAGUUACCGCUUUGCUUAA